AUGCAAAAGAGCUAUGCAGAUAAGAAGCGCAGGGAUAUCAUCUUCAACAAAGGCAACCAUGUGUUUCUCAAAGUAUCUCCCUGUAAAGGAAUCAUUAGGUUUGGAAAGAAAGGAAAGUUGAAUCCCAGAUAUAUAGGGCCUUUUGAGAUUCAGGAGGCAGUUGUUGAGGUUGCUUAUAGAAUAGUAUUACAUCUCAGCCUUACUAUUGUUCAUAAUGUGUUCCAUGUCUCUAAUUUGAGGAAGUACAUUCCUAAUGACAACCAUGUAAUUCAUUAUGAAGAAGUACAGUUAGAAAAUGAUCUAUCAUAUGAAGAGAGACCAACCCAGAUCAUGGCCAAGCAAACCAGGAAGCUAAGGAAUAAGGAAGAAAGUAUGGUCAAGGUUCUUUGGCACAAUAGUUCAAUAGAAGAAGCCACCUGGGAAGUAGAACAGGAUAUGCAUCAGAAUUAUCCUGAAUUGUUCUGUAAGUAA